ACUCGAUGCUGGAAACGUGGAAUGCGACAUGUUUCCUUUAUGAUUGGUUUGGGUUUGUACAUAAUAGCUUCAAGUUCAUAGGCUAUAUUUGGAAUUGGAGCAACUGUUGAUAAUAAUAUUAGGGAGCAUUGUAUUGGAAUAUUGUACAGCACUCGCUGCUUUUUGUUCAAUUUAAAUAACAAUGUUAUCGGCUAUGUUUUCGAAGAAGUCAACUAGUGAGGGUCGUUCAGGUGUAGAGUUGUGUCCGGGUCCACCCAGCGGUGGUUGUUGUUAUGAAGAAGAAAACCAGGGGAGUGAGCUGUCCUGUACUCACAAGCAAGAACACAGCAACCAGGUCGAGAAGGAAGCUUGUUUGUUGUCUCCAAACUCGAAACUCAAGACAGAAAUGUCGUCAAGUAGUAGCACCACCAUGAUGGGGGAUGGUAGGCCUAUUGCUAGUACAAACUCGUGCAUGUCUGGUUUUGCAGGAAGUUGUACCAUUUCUAACUCGGUUAACUCAAUGGUUAACACAAGUUGUAGUGCAGUGUCCUCAGCAGAGCAGUGUUCAUCCAAUUCAACCAAAUUAGCUAAGUUUCCAUCAUCCAGUGAACUGUGUGGUGAGCCACUAAAAGUCCAACUUCCUCCAUCGCCAUCUAGUAGAAGUUGCUCAAAAUCUGACUUUGAUGAGAUGGAUAUUCGGGUGGUUCCCGCAAAAGCCCUUAAUGUUCCCACAAGAACUCGCCUCUCGCUCAUGUUGAAUCCACCCAAAUUUGGGGGAAACGAUUGGACAGGCUUAGCCAGUGAGAUGGGCUUUGAGUAUGAGAUGAUAGAGAACUUUGCAUUGGAACGAGAUCCGAUGAAAUUAGUACUUGCUCAGUGGACAACUCAACAAGAUAGUACUGUGGGAGUCCUGCUGGACAUGCUUAAAGAUUUAGAAAGGGAUGACGUUUUACUUGAUAUAACUAAACUAGUCGAGAGAGAUGCUCGCCGAUGGUUAGAAAGACGUAAAGGUGAUGCUCAUGGUCAGCCUAUUCAAGAUCCUGAAGUGAGUGGAAGUUAUCCACAUGUGCCAAAAACAACAGAGCUUCGAGGAAUCACACUGGAAGAUCAUCCAUCCGGCCCACCGGAAAUAUUUGAUGCCUAUGUCUGUUUCACGGAUAUUGAUAGUGAUUUCGUCAAAGAAAUGAUAUCAGUACUAGAGAAUGAACCGUACAAUCUCAAGCUGUGUGUUGACUUUCGAGAUCUUGUACCUGGAGGUUCAUAUUCGACGGUUACAGCCGAACUUAUUGAGAACAGAUGUAAGCGAAUGAUUAUUGUUCUGUCACCGGAUUUCAUAGCCAGUGAGCAGUGCGACUUCCAGACAAAGUUUGCUCAUAGCAUAGCACCAAGUGCCAGGAACAAGAGUUUGAUACCUGUCAUGGUGGAACCAUGCGUCCUACCCACUAUUCUACGUCACAUCACGAUUUGUGAUUACACUAAAAAGGAUCUGAGACGGUGGUUCUGGCAACGCCUUUAUAGUUCACUCAGUCGCUCCUAGAGAACAGUGUUAGUAUGGUCAGUGGAACGAGGAACAUUGGAACAAGGUGACAGAAUGUGCAGGAAUAAUAUUGAAGUCUUAUAUAUAUAGUGCAUGUAUCUACCAAACAAAGUACUCAAGGUUGCUGAGUAU